CGCUCCAAUAUCACACUACUCCUGCCGCUUCGAGACUCUCGACUCUCUCUCUCUCCCCCUCCAUCUGUCUCUUGCUCUCGGAAAGAAAGAAAAAUGGCAACUGAUGUGGCUGCUCUUCCAGUUCAAGAGAAUUCUACUCUUGAAGUCAAGCUCUUCAAUCGUUGGACCUUUGAGGACGUUCAGGUUAGCGACAUAUCUUUGAGUGAUUACAUAGGUGUGGUUGCAGCCAAGCAUGCAACCUAUGUCCCACAUACUGCUGGGAGAUACUCGGUCAAGCGCUUCCGUAAGGCCCAAUGCCCAAUUGUGGAGAGGCUUACAAACUCCUUGAUGAUGCAUGGACGAAACAAUGGGAAAAAGUUGAUGGCAGUGAGGAUUAUAAAGCACGCAAUGGAAAUUAUUCACUUGCUGACAGACCUAAAUCCCAUCCAAGUUAUUGUUGAUGCUGUAAUCAACAGUGGGCCAAGGGAGGAUGCUACACGUAUCGGCUCUGCUGGGGUUGUCAGGCGUCAAGCCGUGGAUAUUUCUCCACUUCGCCGUGUGAAUCAGGCUAUUUACCUGCUUACUACAGGUGCUAGGGAAUCUGCUUUUAGGAACAUCAAGACGAUAGCAGAGUGUUUGGCUGAUGAACUUAUAAAUGCUGCAAAGGGUUCUUCCAACAGUUAUGCCAUCAAGAAGAAGGACGAGAUUGAGCGAGUUGCCAAGGCUAACCGUUAAGGGUUGAUCAGAGAAAUUUCCAUUACACAAGAGGAGAAUUUUUGUGCAACUGUUAGAACGAUGUUUUUCCUUUCUCUUUCAUUACUCAUGAACUAUAUUCAAGUUCCGGUUAACUAUUAGUUUUAUAUCUUUCAGCUUUGGUGAAGUUUCUGAACUGGUCAGAUUAAAAGAAAUUGCGAUCUUAGACAGUAGAGCCGCAAGAUCUAUAUUACGUCGGUUUUUAUUGUUCAAAAAAUUAUUUUGUUGUAUUCAUAUCUGAAGUUAUUAGUUCA